CCCGUAGUUGUUGUUAUUGAACACAUGUUGGUUUUAAUAAUCGCAUACUAUAUUUGCAGAACAAAAGAAGAGUAUACGAGAAUGCAUUAGAAAGUUGCGAGAGAACGACACAUUCUGAUAUAUAAAUAUGUUAUAACAACAAAUGGGGAACGCCUCCGGACGUCGAUGUAUAGAUUGUGGUGUCCAUGCGUCAUACCCUUCGCUUUGUUCAGCAUGUUCCAAAUGUUGUCAGCCAAGCGAGAAUUCAUGGACACGAAAAGACAGGACAAGGAACAAUUUGUUAGCUGAAUGUAAUAAAACAAAUAUUAUUGUGGAAGCUUCUUUGGAUAGUUACAUGACUGAACAAAUAGUGUUGGUAAAACCCGAUAAAGAUGUGCAGGCAAUCAAUGAGGUUCCAGAUGACCCAGAUAGUAUACAUACUCUUGAGUUUCUUGAUGGUAUGAAUGAGAAAAAUGAUGAUUGGUCGACGCUACUUGCUCAUUUACUUAGUAUUACAAAGAAGGACGACCGUGUAAUAUACAUUCUUAUGGAGAAGAAUGUAGACGCUAAGUUCGAAAUGUUUAUAGAAACGCAUCACAUAAAUGAUGUUUUGGAAAUGAACACAUUUCCAAACAAAGAAGCUGAUAGUGUACCAAUUAAAUUACAAACCAUUUGGUCAACUGUGAAAAGGUUUUUGAUGUUGUUUUGGAUUUGCUGUGAUACAAAUGUUAACUUUUGUCAAUACACGUUAAGCUCAACCAUGUUUUAUUUUCUUAUGAAUAAUCUAAAGAGUUUGGCUUUAAAAUCAUAUCAUGAACACGAAGUGUGUUUAUUUACUGUUAAAGCAGCUCUUGGCAUAAUACACAAUAUCACUAGGCACUUGCCAAACAGUAAAAUACUGUUACGGUCAGAAAAUGCAGUUUCAACUGUGCAUCCAUAUCUGAAAAGCAAGAUUGCAAUGGUCAGGAUAAAAUCACUCAUGAUUUUGUCAUUUAUUCUGAGCGAACAUGAAAAUGUGAUGAUAAAUACCGAAGAUGAAAAUUUUGUAUUCAUCUUUGAAGUGCUAGCAGACGCCUUGAAAAAUAAUGACCACAAGACCGCUAAAUUUGGCAUGAGUGCGAUUGAAAUUCUGAAGGGAUUAAACCAAUUGGCUGUUAACGAUGAAAACAAAUUGAGGAUGGUCAGCAACGGUGUCCUUGAGCUGUUUGAAGUAUUGUUGCUGAGAGGUUUUCUGGAAGAGGUCAAGGUUACCAUAGUAACCUUGUGGAGCCUUUCGUUCCAUCACUACAACAAGUCGAAAAUGAAAAAGUGUCCACACAUUGUUAAAAAACUGCAAGAAUUAAAAUGUCAUCCGGAUACCGAAAUAAGUCAUGCUGCCAGAGGAACUGUUUGGGAAUUAAUGAAUAUGAAAGUCAGUUCAACAACUUUAAGAUGGUCGUCAAAUACUUCAUCAGAGAAUGACCCGUGGAAGCCUCAUAUUAUGAUCAGCUACCAAUGGGACUCGCAGAACAUCAUGUUAAGGGUCAAGGACCGCCUUAAACAGGCAGGUUACAAAGUCUGGAUGGAUGUGGAACACAUGACUGGGUCUACACUAGAGGCAAUGGCACUGGCGGUAGAGAAGGCUGCGGUGGUGCUGCUGUGCAUGUCACAGAAGUACAAGGAGAGUCCAAACUGUCGAACUGAGGCUGAAUAUGUUUAUCGUCUGCGGAAGGACUUUAUUCCCUUGCGCGUUCAGGAAGGCUACGUGGCAGACGGAUGGCUGGGCAUUUUGGCAGGAACGAGACUGUAUUUUGACUUCUACUCGGAGCCAAUGGUAGAUGUCCAGAUCCCAAGACUGGUGCGGGAACUCAAUGGAAGAGGGCUUAUUAAUCCAACGAUGAAAGAUUUACCAGAUUCAGCUAUUACGUCGUCACCUAGACGACCGGAGCAACUAACAGCUACACCAAUCCCUACACGCAUACACAGAGAAUUGGACUCGGACCUGCUCAGACUGCCUACCGUAAUGAGUCAUCUGUCCCCAUGGAGUGAGACAGAGGUCAAGCAAUGGCUUCUGUCUGUUGGUCUCGACGAGUAUAUAGAAAGUUUUUCUGGCAUGACUGGCACACUGCUAAAAGAAUUACGGACGAUUCAAUCAACUGCCCCGGAGUCUUUCAUCGCAAUUCUGAAGAACGAUUAUCGGCUGCCCAUCCUGGCUCUCCUAACAUUUUCUCGAAGUUUACGAAGUCUUGAAUAACCCAUAAACUCAAAUGUUUUUGAUACGUUUUUAUAACAGGUGUACCUGUUAGAUCGUUUAAUUAUGUGAUAGUGACUAAGGUCAAUAAUAAACAAAACAUUUAAUGAAUAAAACGUUCCAAUUAUUUGUUUUGUAGGAAAUGACACAUGCUUAAAUAUGGUGUUUCUAACAAUACGUAUUCAGAAAGUAAAUACGCGAUGUGGAUUACGCUAUACUAUAAAAUAUACAAAUUUA